UUAGCCCCUCCCCAGAACCGCCACUGCACCACUGAGUAGGUUGGGCGUCGAUCUGUAGCUUUCCUUAUAAGAAGGAGAAGCAGCAGUGUGAGGCGGUUGUCUCGACUCGCUUGAAACACAUAGAUAGGAGAGAUUACGGGUGCCAACCGCCAACGGGGGUGCGAACGUCAAUUGAUCCUGUAGACCAGCAAACGAGGAAGCAGCGAAUCUGCGCGGUGCACGAGGCGGACACUCCUCCACGCACAUCUGUCUUCUGGGGCGUUCACUGUCAUUUUACCAUCUUUAUUUCUUCUGCUAACUCUAGAUGACAAGAUACUUCUUCGGUGUCCAUGUGUGGACCGGAAUGUUAACUCUAGGCUUUUCUAGACCAGAGGCCUACCACAUCCUCCUCUAAAACUAGAACGGCCUCAGUGCCGGUGGAUAACCCCCUCCGAAGCACACCUAGUGAAUUUGACCUGACAGUGGAUACUACAGCUUCCCUCCAGACAGCAAACCAAAGCAGAACAUUACCAUUUGCUCUUUCUUUUUUAAUAACGUAACUAUUUGGCCAUUCUUUUUUUGGAAGGAUUUAUAAAGUUCUAAAACUUUGAGAUAAUCUGUAAAAAUGAGUCCUGGAUUGGAAGCAGCGGACAUAGCUGUGGUGGCGCUUUAUUUUGUCCUGGUGAUGGUCAUCGGGUUUCUUGCCAUGUGGAAAGCCAAUCGCAGCACUGUGAGUGGCUACUUCCUGGCUGGACGCUCAAUGACGUGGAUAGUAAUAGGUGCAUCGCUCUUCGUCAGCAACAUUGGCAGUGAACAUUUCAUAGGCCUGGCUGGGUCGGGAGCAGCAGGUGGCUUCGCUGUCGGAGCAUGGGAGUUUAACGCACUUCUUCUUCUGCAGCUGCUCGGCUGGGUGUUUAUCCCCGUUUAUAUCCACUCAGGAGUGUACACCAUGCCAGAGUACCUGUCGAAACGCUACGGUGGCAACAGGCUAAAAGUUUACUUUGCUUUCCUGUCUGUGUUACUGUACGUUUUUACCAAGCUCUCUGUGGACUUGUAUGCUGGAGCUCUCUUCAUCCAGGAGUCCUUGGGGUGGAAUCUGUAUGUGUCUAUUUUACUGCUCAUCAGCAUGACAGCUUUGCUCACUGUCACCGGUGGCUUAGUUGCAGUGCUCUACACGGAUGCACUUCAGGCAGUGUUGAUGAUUGGUGGAGCCUUAACUUUAACCAUUAUCAGCCUAAUCAAAGUUGGUGGGCUUGAAGGUGUCAGAACUAAGUACAUGGAGGCAGUUCCCAAUGUCUCUGCAAUAGUGGCCGCUGGAAACUACACCUACUCCCCCUCCUGCCGCGUUGACCCUAAACCAAACUCUCUAAGCAUCCUUCGAGGUCCUCUGGAUGAGGAUAUCCCCUGGCCAGGCUUCAUUCUCGGCCAGACCCCUUCGUCUAUUUGGUACUGGUGCGCAGACCAGGUCAUCGUUCAGAGAGUCCUUGCAGCAAAGAACAUUGCCCACGCCAAAGGCUCUACCCUCAUGGCUGGUUUUCUAAAGGUCCUGCCCAUGUUCCUGAUAGUCAUUCCAGGGAUGAUUUCUCGCAUCCUGUUUGUUGAUGAGAUUGCCUGCAUCGGGCCGGAGCACUGCAUGGCUGUGUGCGGUUCUCAGGCCGGCUGCUCAAAUAUCGCCUACCCGCGCCUGGUCAUGGCAGUGAUGCCUGUGGGACUCAGGGGUCUGAUGAUGGCAGUCAUGAUUGCUGCCUUGAUGAGUGAUCUUGACUCGAUUUUCAACAGCGCAAGCACCAUCUUCACUCUGGAUAUCUACCAAACUUUCCGAAAGGGGGCUGCUCAGCGUGAGCUUCUCAUUGUGGGCCGCAUCUUUGUUGUUGUUAUGGUGGUAAUCAGCAUUGCGUGGGUCCCUGUUAUCAUUGAAAUGCAAGGUGGACAAACAUACCUCUACAUCCAGGAAGUUGCUGGCUACCUGACUCCACCAAUUGCUGCCCUCUUCCUGCUAGGUGUGUUCUGGAAACGGUGCAAUGAGAAAGGUGCAUUCUGGGGAGGCAUGACGGGUUUCACACUUGGCACCAUUCGACUGAUCCUCUCUUUUACCUACCGCCAACCUCCCUGUGACCAGCCAGAUGAUCGACCUGCCUUCAUGGUUAAGGUCCACUACAUGUAUUUUGCUGCUGCGCUUUUCUGGAUUUCAGGGCUGGUGGCUGUGGUGGUCAGCCUCUGCUCCUCGCCACCAGAUGAGGAGCAAGUUCGAACUACUACAUUCUGGGGACUCCGCAGCAUUGAAAAAGUUCCCAGUAUUGACCGCAAUGAAAUGGAUAGGCUAACUGAGCAGAAUCUUAGCAGCGGCAACCAAGGCCUUCACAAGGAAUUGCCACCAGAUGUCAGAAAGGAGAGGUGUCUGGAUGGAGCAGAUAUCAAGCUCCUGGUUCCGUCUACCGAUCACGACCCAGCAACGCCAAGCACAGAAACCUCCCCUGCCUCAACCCCUGCAGAACGCUACAGCAAUGGGAGGACGGAGAUGAUCAGAGCAGAGGAAGGAUAUAAUGCCAAUGAGAAGAGAAGUUGGUGUUCGCGUUUACUUGAAUGGUUUUGUGGACAUAAAGAAGAAGCACAGAGCACACAGCAAAAAGUGCAGGAGGACACGACACGAGUCAUUGCAGGGAUGCUGUACGAACCACCCAGAGUUAAACUUAUCCUCAACUCGGGUCUGGUGCUCGUCUGCACCUUGGGCAUCAUCAUGUUUGUUUUGUUCUCACUUUAGAGGAACCCUACACUGGACUAACAGGGGACUGCUGUGAGGGCUUUUUUAAGGGUAGAGGUGACAUUUAGGGUUAUGAGCUGUUGCGAACAGUUGUAUUUUCAGAGAUUUGGGAAGCUCUGUCUGUAAUAUUUACAGUGGUAUUUUUUUCAAUCUUUAACUGGAAAUCUGAGCUUGUUCUAAUCAUUUUUUAAUGAUGAAGCCUCUCCACAUGGCGUUUUUUAAAAAUUCUUUAUGACUAUGAAGCUAGUUGUUAGCCCUGAAUUCAUCAUAUCUACUGGAAGUUUUUAGACUUGUACUCAAAGUGAAUUUCAAUAUUUGCCUUAUUAUACAUAUGCACUUUUCUUUGUGUGGUGUUUUCUGUUAUUUAAGCCUUUCCUCCAUUGUACCUACAGUGACUGUGGAUUUUAUUCCAUGUAGCAUACAUAUGUCUUAAGUAACUCUAAAAUAAGUUUUAGCUGAUAGGACAUGACAGCUUUGUGCAAGCUUCUGCCGCUGAACACAUUAUUACUACUACAUUAUAUUAGAAUCAUUUCUAGUAUGUGAUUGCCGUUUAGUUCUAUUGUGCCCUAGGCAGUCUUUUCAAGGUAGUUAGAAAGUUACAUAAUAAAUAUCACGUCUAUUUAUAAGAAAUAUAUCUACGUGUAAGUGCCCAUCCUGACAUCAUGCCUCAGUCGAGGCAUGAUGGCUGUCUAACAUGAGUCUGGUUCUGCCUGAGGUUUCUGCCUGUUAAAAGGAAGUUUUUCCUCACCACUGUAACUAGCUAAAUACUGCGAUGUGCAAUGCUCAUGAUGGAUUAAGGUGGGGUCAGACUGAGUCUUACCCUGUCUUGGUGUUGGGUCUCUGUUCAUAAUUUGACAUAGUGUGGUCUAGACCUCCUAUGUUUGUAAAAGCAUCUUGAGAUAACGUUUGUUGUGAUUUGGCGCUAUACAAAUAAAGAUUGAUUGAUUGAUUGAUUGAUUUGUCAACAUGAGCUACUACCAGGUGCUAAGCAACACUGUGCUUGCUCUUGUAUAUGAACAUAAUGGUAAUGGAUGUUAACAUAACGAGCGAUUUCAGUCUUCUAAAGGUAUUCAUGAAAUUCAUCUCAUCAAGCUUAAAGUGAAUAUCAGGUGUUUCAAAAAUGAAAGUUUUCUGCAGCACAGGGAAAAAAAUGGUACUAGAUAAUUCACUUGUGAUUUUUCCUCCUAAGAAUAGUAAUGUUUGAUUCAUAUAAAAGCAAAUUCACUCUAAAAUGUUCAAUUUAUUGUUACUGAUAAGCAGAUUCAAGUUACAAUUGAAUUGUUAUGUUUCUGAUGAUUUACAUUUUGCAUAUUAGACCACUGUGUUUCUGUUAACAAUAAUAGUACUGUGGGUGUUAUCUCUGUUACAUUACCAAAAACAACAAGCAGCUUUUUAUGCACUACUAAUGUAUUACAACAACAAAAACAAAUACCAAUGCUCAUGUUUCUGUGUGGGUUUUUAUACUUUUAACUUAAUAUUUCAUACUGUUGAAAAGUGUGCUGAGUCGUUUGCAUUAUAUUAACAUUGGGUGAGAUAAAUGUCAGGGCUAUUUGGAUCAUUCCAACAUACUUUCUGUCUGCCGUGGGUCAUUUGUUGUGUAUUUACUGUCUAUCUUUAUAUCUUGAGUGUGUUGAAAUGUCAUUUAAUCUUGUUUCAAGUGCAUCAUUUUUUUUUAAAACCUCCUACCAACUGUGUCUUAGUGUGCUAUGCAUAAGUAAAAACAAAAAAGUCAAAACAAAACAUAGAGAGUUGAGUUUUAUGCUCUUUUAACUUUGAACAGUUAUUACAACAUUGGCUCAAAGGCAUCAUAAAUACAGUAGAGGAUUAGUGCCACUGAAAACAAUUUAAUUACAUUAAAGAGCAUUUUUUUAUUAUUAUGAGAUUAAAUUCAGAAUUCUGAGAAAAAAAUAAGAAUUCUGAAUAAUUAUUUGGAACUUGAAUUUAUUUACUUUUUUCAGUGGCCCUUACCCACUUCCGUAUAUAAAUCAGCUGUGUUUAGUAGGAUAUUUUCUGUUAGUGACGAUCAUUUGAGAAUAUCAAUGCAAAGCAGAAAUUACAUUUCAGACUUGAUUUGCAGGAAAAGGAUAUCCACAGAUGAGUUUACUCAACAUGAUGGUCCAAACAUCUGGGCCAUAGUGUGAUGGUUCAAUCUGCAAAUGAUGCACACUAAAUCAAUGACUGGUAUGUGAUGGUUCCUACAUGUGAAAGAGCUUUAAAAACUUAGUACACAUACUUAUUUUUAUGGAUUUUAUUUUUAAAGACUGAAAUAAAGUUUCUGUGAAAAAAAAGAUAGCACAUCUUGUACUUUUUCCUUUACUGUGACAGGAAAACAAAGAACAGUUGUAGAGCAUUAACAUACAUUUUCAAUUAGUGUUAACAUUCCAAACAGGCUUUCUAUUUCUUA